AUGAUGAACCCAAGCUCUGUCCGCCGCAAUCUCUUUCACGGAAACCUCAGCCGCCGACCUGCUUCUGCAGGACCGCCCAAUGGCGUAAUUCCCCCAAACCCCAACGGUGUCUCCAAUCGUCCCUCACACCGACUCAAGCCUACAUCUUCGGACUCGGGGCCUCCUGCGCGACCAUUCAAGACAGUGGAGAAUAAGGAUAUCGUGGUUCGGGAUAAGAACGGAGGCUACAAGCUUGAUAUUCCCACGUUGCCGCCUGCUUUGGUUGAAGAUGCCGAUGAGCUGGCUGAGCUCGAUGAAGAGAGAGCUUUCGGUGCUGCAGAGCUUACUGGGAUCGAUAAAGAGAGAUUCGAGGCUGCGCUUGUGGAAAUGAUGAUUCGGCACCGGAACAGACAGGCGAAUGAUGAGCCUGAUGAGAUUCUCAAGAUCGUGCACGAAAGUCUACGCAAGAAAGCGGCAUCAUUGGAUGACGAUAAUUGGAUGUUUGAGUCCGAGAGGAACUCUUUUUCUAAUUAA